UGAAUAACGUAGAAUCUACGUAGCAAAUGACGUUAUACUGUACUAGACUACGUAGGUCUACUUUGCACUGCACUGAAACUGAAACCCGUGUGUGAAAAUAUUCGAAUGGUUCUUUGAUGAGUUAACACUGAUUUCAGGUAGCAGUGUUUGACCAGAUCAGCCUCCGAAAGAGUUGAAGUAGAAACCAAGAUGGGGGAUGAAGCAGGACCGGCAGAGCGAGAAGUUGCAUCGCUUCGCUUCCAGCAGCUAUGUCGCCUGAAGAUCUUUGACGAGAUGCCAGAGACCCUUACACCCCUUGAGAGACUCCAUCUUCUUGUCGUGUCCAACAAAUAUGGCUUUACUUUCAUCGGUUCAGAUACAGGUGUAAAGAUUUUCCAGACCACAGAACUUGGCAGACUUCAUGAACUCAACAGAGAGUCCACAGGGGCUGUUGUGAGUGAUUAUGACUGCAUCAAACUUACUCUUGGUACCAGACCCCUCCAUUUGUCACUCAACAACACAGAGCUAAUCUUGUCUGUUUGCUAUCAACAUGGCAACUACCUUGUUCUCAAUCUGUACGAUGUCAGAUUGGUCACAAAGAAAAACGCAUCGCCAGCUGCCCCCUUCAUAACUUCCAUCCUCUCCCAAAACCCUGAAGUCAAGCUGGUCAAUCUGGCCUGGAAUCCAGGCUUUGAGCCUCUAGUUGCUACAUGCUUGUCGGACGGGAACUGCACAAUAUGGGAUAGCUCUGACAAGCUACUCAAACCCAUGGCACGUCUGCCACUGGAUGUAGGUGCCACAGCAGUUUGCUGGUCUCCUAAAGGAAAACAGAUGGUUGUAGGAACAGCCAAGGGGGAGCUCAAACAGUUCAACCAUGCCGUUGAAAUCAAGAAGCUUGUUAAGGCUCCUGAUUUUACCCAGGAAGCAGUCAGAGUUGUUGAUAUCUACUGGUUGUCAACCUAUAUGUACAUUGUGGCCUACAUUGAUGCAGAGGAGUCCUUACAACCAAACAUUGUGGUCGUCCAUGCUCCGAAAGAAAGACCGGUGAGCUACAUCAAUUUUGAGGACAUCUGUUUUGGGAGCUGUGAGGAUAGAAUUGCCUGUUACUACAUGCACUACAUUGAUAAGUGGCAAUUUGCGAUCACUUGCUCAAGCAACUCCAUGGACGGCGCUGUUCUCGGGAGGCAGCAAGCGAACAAGGACUUGUGGGAGAUCUGGACGUUGGAUGAUGCAGCGAGGAUCGAGGUGCCGCUGUACGACCACGAGGAGACCAUGCCCCUGGGAAUGGCCAUGGAUUACACCUCCCAGAUCAACAUCAAGAUCAAACAACACACCCUCCCCCCUGCACCCAUUGUAAUGGUUCUGUCCAGUGAGGGGCUUCUUUGCCCGUUUUAUGUGAUCAACCUGGAAGAUGGAGAGGGUAUCACUAAGAAGCCACAACCAUUGCCAACAGGAGGGGAGCGAGUUGGAACAGGUACUGCAGUGCAGAUCCAACCGCAAGCAGCAGCAGCGAAACCUCCGCCAAGCUUCGGCCAGGCACCAGCAGCCUCUUCUCCAUUCAUGGCCUCUGCCCCAGCUGCUCCUGCUGCUGCUAACCCACCCGGCACUGCUCCCACCACGCAGUUCUCUGCCUCAGCCCAACCGGCGUUCGGCGCACCAGCAGCAGCAACUGGCGGACAGCCCUCCAUGUUUGGGGGGUUCAGUGGUGCGACAGCUGGUGCCUCAUCUGCAGGUUUUCAGUUCAAGCUCCCUGCUUCCACGACAUCCUCUGCUCCUGCUAGUUCAGGGGCCCAAGCAUCAUCUGCCAUAACUACUCCAGUUUUUGGAGGAAGCAAUUCAACUCCCUUUGGUUCUGGAGGAGGGUUCUCCUUCAAUACUGGCCAGACCAGUGCACCAUCAUCCUCUGCAGCCCCUGCCACACAGGCCAGUGGGCCCAAGGGGUUUUCCUUUGCAGCGCCCUCUCAGUCCGCCCAACAACCAGCACCAUCCACUCAAGGAUUCAGCUUCAAAGUGGUUUCUGCUCCUUCUGGCCCAUCAAGCGCUGCACCUGGCAAUGCCUUUGGGGCUUUCUCCAAGCCAGUCACUACUACUGCAACUCCUGCACCUAGUGUACAGACUACACAGUCUUUACCCAAACCAUCUCAACCUGUUCAACCUGACCAACCCAAAGGACCUCCUAAUGUGACAGCACCAGGAGGUCUCGGAGGCUUCGGGCAACAAGGUCUUUUUGGCAAAGGCCCACCAAAUGCAGUUGCCCCUGGAUUGUCCGCUGCACAGUCCCAAGGACAGCCAAGUGCAUUAGCCUCUGAAACAUCGACUCAUCCAGCACAGCUAGGCAGUGUACCAGGAGUACCAGCACCAGUUGCAGGAUCAGCUUCCCAAGGGGCAACCUCAAUUAACAGCAAGUUCACUGUCCCUCAGACAGCUUCAGCAGGACCAUCCCUUUCCGUGGCGCCCGCCUCAACAGCAGGGGUUGCGCCCACAAGAUCAGCCAGUGCUUCCUUUGGUCCACCUAAUGCUGUCGCACCUGAUCAAGGACUAUCAUCAUUCAAUGAGGCUAAACAUAGUAGGGAUCAACCAGAUGCCAGGGCAGCUGUCGGAAUGCCACUUGCUGCCGUGCAACAGACUCCAAAGGCUUCUGGAGAUGCUAUUGACCCUACAAGAAUCUCUGCAACUUCUACUCCUGCGGCCAGUGCUAAACCUGUCACUGCCGCUCUGCUCUCCAAUAUCAAAGAAGAGAUGGAGCAUUUCACCAAGGAAUUGGCUGACCUCAAGGCCAGGGCUGCAGCAGGCCGCCACACUGUCGGGUCGACUAAGGAUCUCCAAGAAAUCUGCAAGGGUGUCGAUGACCUAGCAUCUUUCAAAGAGGAAGUGCUCGAAUGUACAAAGUCGCAUAACGAGGACAUCCACAGCCUCAAGGCCAAGCUCCUGAACUCCUUCAGCUUGGUGGAGGAGAGCCGUCUCAGGAAGCAACGCGCCAAGGAUCCACGCUACCUCCAGCUCCUUCGCUCCAGGGGCCUGGAUCCACAGUCUGCCAAGCAGAUGCAGGAGAUCCGCUCCCUCAAUCACUACCUGGAGACGGGCAUCAGGGAUACCAAUGCCUGCCUGGACAUGGAGUGGGAGAAGAUCACUCAUGGAAAGGGAACCAGAUCAACAAGGAGAAUGGUGACACCUACAAUGGAUACUAUAUAUCAGACCCUAGGAAAUCAUGUCAAUGUGCUGACAACCCAGAAGAGCAAGUUGAUAGAUCUGAGGAAGCAACUGACCAUGGCUCAUCGCUACGACGUGACCUCCAACUUCAAUGUUCUCCCUUCAUCUAGGAUCAAACCGAGCAGUGACCCAUCAUCCCUGGCCAGCAGACUUGCUGAGGUCAAGGUGAGCGCUCCGUCUAAGGCCAGGGGCACGCCCAUGUCAGCUAAGAAGCAAGCCAUGCUUAGAGACGUUCUGUCUCAGAGACAGACCACUCCAAUCAGAUCAGCACCAAGAGCUGCUCUUGCUAGUACGUCCAGCGUUGGUUCUCCGUCGGACCUGGAUGACUUCCCCCUCCCUCCUGAGCGACGCCUGCGCUUCCCGUCUGAUGAGUCCCCGCCUUACGGUGGCAGUCAGGUGGAUGGGCGUCGCCCUGCCCACCAUGCUGGAAGGACAGACUUGAGAGGUGUAGGAGGACCAACAUCAGCUCCAGCUCCUCAACCUGCCCCCACCCGUCCUCUGACAUCCCAAACAGCACCUCGCCCUGCCGCCUCCUUCACCACCCCUGUCUCUCAACAACCUGCAACACGCAGCACGCAACCGCUCACCCAGCCUCAACGUAUGGGGGCACCACCUCUGCCAUCCGCAGUACCAGAGACCCCCAUCCAGCCAGGAGCAGGAAUGGUCACCUCAACGCCCCUCCCCCAGGGCGCACAGGGGGGCAGCCCGACCACACCCAGGGGGCAAGCUCCACCACCUGCAACCUCCAGCUUCUCACACACAGGUUCUGGUACAGUGGCUUGGGGCCUGACAGCCGCAACAGCAAAGGUUACAUCACCCAUACAGCAGGCAGGCGUGGCUGCAAUCAACCGCGCCCAGUCCGUGAAGGCUGGUAACGCCCCUGUGGAGAAGCCCAAUCCUCCCGUGGUCAACAUCAAGAACCUAGACACAAUGAAGGGUACCAUGCCGCCUCCUGUCACCUUUGCUCCAGUUGCCAGCACUGUGGAUGCAGGGACUGCUAAGGUAGUGACUCAGGUUAUAGCCGAGAUGGCCAUAGCUAGCGGUGUGAAGACUCCUCAACCUGGAACAGUGGCAAGUGCGUCGGCUGAUUCACCAGCCCUGUCCCCUUCAGGAAGAAAACCGACCCCAACCACCACUCAAGCCGCAUCAUCAUCAUCAGCUGUCGUCACGACAACCGUAUCCCUCUCCUCCAAGCCAGUGUUUAGCACCUUGGCACCCUCUGCUUCCAGUGCUACCCCUACUGCUCCAGAUGCAUCCAAAGUAGAGAAUCCAUCGGCUUUCUCUUUCUCUGCCAAAGUGCCACCAUCUGCUGCUGCUGCGGCGGCUGCUGCUGCCACUGCUGCCGCCUUGACAUCAUCCAAAGGAUUUUCAUUCGGUGAUAGAACCCUGCCUGCUCCUACUGCAGCAGGUCUUCCAGGAGGUCUUCCAGGAGGUCUUCCAGGAGGCUUCAGCUUUGCUUCAAAACCAGCUCCUUCUGCUGCUGCUGCUGAAGCUCCAUCGGCUAAAGGUGAUGCAGCAAGCCAGCCAUCAGGAUUGAGCACAGAGUCUGGUGUCAAGCCUCAGAUCUUUGACUUCUCUGGAGCAGCCACCAAACCCAAGGCCAACGUGUCUACUCCCGGUGGUUACUUCUUUGGAGCUCCACCAUCAAUGGUACCCCCUCUUGGUGCAUCCGGUACAAGUAAUGCGGCACUGUCUAUGGCCCAGGCAACCUCGGCCCAGGCAACCUCAGCUCAGGCAAAAGUCCCCUCACAGGCAGCACCAGUCAAAGCCACUCCUCCACCGCCAUAUGCUCCUAAGGAGAAAGGAGAAGUCAAAGGCAAGGAUGAGAGUGGGACAGGAAAGCCCACCGCUGCCACUGCCAAACUAUCUCAACCCACAGAUGAAGCAGGAACUGGUGCUGCCAGGCCAUCCACAGGAUCUGGGUCCUCCAGUAUGCUGGGAGCCAUGUUGGACAAACCUGCUUCAGGAGGAAGUCUUCUAGGUGGCAUGUUGGACAGGAGAUCUCAAGCUUCCACCGCAGAAGAUGAGAACGCCAAGCUGCAGCAGUCCACCAAGAGCAUCCUGAGUGGAGUGACCUUACCGACAGGCGCUUCUGCAGGAGCCUCCCAAAGUAGAACAGCAUCUCCAGGACCUGCUGCUCGUAAUCUCUUUGGGACGGUACUGAGCACUGCGGCAGUGUCAGGAUCGGAUACGACCACAACAUCAACAGUUGGAAGUUCAGGUCUGUUCUCCUCGAUUGCAAAUGCGUCUAAGGGAUCGGAAGCAUCCACAAGUUCAGCAGCUCCAGCUACCCAGGCAGCAUCUACAUCUCUCUUUGGAAAGACAACAUCUUCUGGGGGUCUCUUCGGUACGCAGGCGACAUCCUCUGCGGCAACAUCAGGAGCAGGUACCACCUCUACAACCUCAUCCGCUGCUGGCUUUGGUCUGUUUGGACAGCCAGCCAGUACAGCAUCCACCACGCCCUCCCUCUUUGGUAAAACAUCAACAGCAGCUACCUCUUCCGCUCCCAACACAUCGGCUCCAGCCUUCGGCCAAAUGCCCGGUCUCUUUGGACAGGCUGGAGGUUUGACUGCAGCCUCCAGCGGAGGACCCUUUAGCUCUGGAGGAUUUACCUUUGGAGGGGAGCCCAAGUUAGGGCCAGGAGGAGAGGGAACUUCUAAAGACGUCUUUGGAUCCACUUUUGGUUCCGCCCAACCAACGGCCAGUACCACCACUCCAGUAUUCGGUGGCUCUCAACCAGGUAAUCUGUCUUUUGGUCAGCUAGCAAGCAGUGAUAGUACACCUGCCACAACUGCUUCAGGAGGAUUGUUUGGUAGUGGUAGCAGCAAAGCCAGCAGUAGUGGUGGAGGAGGAUUUUUCAGUGGUCUUGGUGGCAAGCCCGACCCGGAGGCUGCAAAGAAAAAUCCAUUUGGUCUCGAAACAACGGCAUCUUCAGGCUUUGGUUCUUCAUCACCAGCAGAUGGUACAAGCCUCUUUGGAUCUUCCACUACCAAGCCCUUUGGGGCUGCAGAAACUACUCCAGCUUUUGGAAGCCCUAGUGGUAAUGCCUUUGGCGCCACUUCUGGGGUUUCUAACACAGGUUUUGGUGGAUUCGGCCAAGCUGCAGCAUUUGGUCAAGCAAAUACAGCAGCUUCACCGCCGCCCGCAUUUGGUUCACCAGCAGCAGGGGCCGGUGGUGGAGGAGGAGGAGGAGGAGGGUUAGGAUUUGGCAAUGUGGCAACUUUCUCCAACCCUAUUGGACAGUCGCCCUUUGGUAGCCCUCCUCAACAACAAGGGAGUUCAGCGGGCCCCUUUGGGGCCGGUUCUCCUGCAGCUUCUACAGGGGGCGGAUUUGGAACUUUUGCUAAUCAGAAUGCCCCAUCUUUUGGAGCCCUAUCUGGAUCAGGAGGAGGGUUUGGCCAGCAGCAGCAGCAGCAGCAGGGCACUGGAUUUGGAGCAUUCGGUGGUGGAGAAAAGAAUACAGCAGGAUUUGGUGGUUUUGGCUCUGGAUCAAACAAUGCUUUUGGUGGAGCUGAUAACAGCAAUAGCCCUGGAUUCACUGGAGGAAGCUCGUUCACACAGUACCGUCACUGAGUCAUCCCCGCGCUUCAUCUCGAAGAAGAACCCUAGUGCCUUCCAGCUAUUUUUCUUGCAUCAUGUGAUGUUAGCGUGAAGAUGAACGUCCAUGGAAAGGUUUCCUUGAUACUGUACAGGUGUAUGAUCAAAUAAAGUGCUGCAAUUAGUGAAUGCUUGAAACGUGUCAUAAACGUGUCAUCUUGAACUGUGUUUUUUUUUUUAAAAAGGAAACAGGACACACCCAGAAAAUCGUUUUGAUGAGUGCUUAUCAUGCAUUCCAUCUCCUGUUUUUCUUCUAUUGAAUUGAUUUAUGAUGAGAGAAAAAAAGCAUCAAGUAUAAGAUAUAUAUGUUGAUAGAUUAGCCCCCUUGAUAUGCCUAUACAUGUAGUACAGGGGUACGAAUGAAGUCGAGGGCCUCUUCCUGUGAGCUCUUGAAUUUAUUUAUCAUUAUUGCUUUUAUAACGGUAUACCAGUUUAUCCCAGAAUAUCGUUUUAAGGAGUGGAUAUCAUGUGUUUCAUCUCCUUUAUUUUAUUAAUUUGGUUUAUUAUACAAUCUUGAUAAUAAAAAUCAUCAGUGUUUAUAGGUAAGCCUCCAUGAGAUACAUGUAGCACAGGGAGGGCUUCUAUCUGUGAACUGUUUUAAAAUGGUAUUAAAUUCUAGCCCAGAAAAUAAUUUCAAGCAAUGGUGAUCAUGUUGUUUAUCUUCUUCUUUUUUUAAAAUCAAAUUAGUUUGUUAUGUAAAAUUAACUGUAAAACAUCAGCCUUUAUAGAUAUUGCUUCUAUCUAUGAACUAUUGAGAAUAUUUUGAUUCAGUGAACCAGUGUAGCACAGAAAAUGUUGUCAAGGAGUGUUAAUCCGGCUAUUCAUCUCCUUUUUUCCGGAUCAAAUUGGUCUAUUAUGCAAAUAAGGGCUCAAUAUUCCAUUGCUUAUAGGGAGUGGCCUUCCUGAUGUACUCCAUGUGUAUAAAUAAAAAUAAAA